GUUGGGUGCCCUGCUUUAUAUUUGUGUUUUUAUAAUUCUAAAAAUGGCGGAAGACAGACAACUGAACAGUGGAAAAUUUAAUUCUAACAUGCAAGAUCAAAAUGAUAGAAAGAACAACGGCCAUGUGCGCGGGGGCGGCAAGGGGAGCGGCGGGGGCAAGUCUCAAGUGAUUUACCGUCCAGGCAGUGGCCCUUUGAAAAAGACUGGCGAAGCCGACAAUAUACCCGAGUCGAGUGGGCCUAAAUCAGGGUCGAAGGGACCGUCGUCGCGGCAGGGCAGCAACAACUGGCGGAAGCCGUCGCAGCAGCUGUACCAGCCGCCAGGCAACAGCCGCGAGUCGACGCCCGGCCCUCCAGAAAUUCCUGCGGACAGGGAGCUGUCAAGCAGGAUGGCCAGCCUCAGCACCUCCGGCGACAACGAUUCCUCGGAUGAGAAGAGACGGAGUAAAAAGCCGGACCUGACCAUCUACAUCCCCCGACCAAAGGCCCAGGCCAUGGCCGAGAGUGUGGAAGAGCCCUGGGAGUCGCAGGGUGCGGGCAAGGGCAGGGCCGGCAAAAAGAUGUCCGGCUCCAAUUCUUGGGAGCAAGAAAUGGGACGAAAGGGUAAAUCGGAUUCCUGGGAUCGGCCCCGAAGGGAUGAUGUCCCGGAGUGGAGAAAACCAUCAAAUAAAGAACAGGGUCGGAGAGGAAAAGGCUUCGGAAAAAGAGGCCAGGCGGACGACACGUCGUGGCGCAGCCAAAGUCCUCUUCAGCGCAGCGAAAGCAUGUCAGGCCUGAGCCCGGCGAGGGACACUCGGCAAAACUCAGAGCCGCGUUCGCUACCCUUUGACGGGCGAGGCCCGCCACCACCGCCAAGCCGCGGCAGCGAGCCCCCAAUGAAGCCGCCUAUGGGUCCGCGCGGGGGCCGCGGUGCCAAGCCUAACCUUCAGAGCUUGCCGCCGCGCUUCCAGAAGAUGCACCAGGCCAAUAACGACGAGUGGGACGGCAAUAAGAGUCUCGUGUUCCAGGGCCACUCACACACGCUGCCGCACCCGCCGCGCGGCGCCCAGCCAGCAGCGCCAAGGGGUGAUCGCGGCGGUGAGCGCCGGCCGGACAACCGCAACGCCCGCUCAGCCACGCCGGAUCAGUUCAAGAGACCCAAGACUCCACCUCAGCAUGGAGGCGGUGGUGGUGGCGGCGGCGGCCGCGGUCGCCGGCCUUCGCCCUCAGGCCGCAAAACCCCCAAUCAGGACUGGGGAGGCAGAAAAUCGCCUUACGCCCUGAGACGCACCCCUAGCCAAGAGAGCGUUGGCAGGAGGAGAGGAAAGAAUAGGAACAGAUACCACAGUGGUGGUAGCUCAAUGGAUGAAAACGGCGGCUACCGAGACAGGCGACACAGUGACCCAAGAGUAACUCCACAACCCACAGCUAGCAACAAAGUAAUAGAAGACAAAGGAUCUGAGGAGGAUUUGGAGCAGCUUCUGCCGAUAACUGUGCCAGAAAUAACAGACUGGAGUGCUGAAGUAGAAGAGAGCGAUAGACUAGAAGCAGAGGCACUAGCGAGCGAAAGUGAAUCAAAUGCAGCCAAAAGCGAUCAUCCCCAAAGAAAAAAGAAGAAAGCUAGAAGAAGAAGUCGGAAGGGCGAUGACAAAGGCAAAGACAAAACGGAAAAAGCGCCAAUCUCUGCAGAGAAAUCGCCGACGCCACACAGGGGCGGUCUGCUCAUCCUGCCCGCAAACGUGGACAUGAACCAGUCGCCGCCGUCGCAGUCGGUGCAACGCGCCUUGUACGAUCCAAACAACCCCACCAAGCCCAUUAUGAUGAAGGCGGGCGGCAUGCGAAUGCCGCAGCCUCAGCAUCCGCAGUACAGCUCGCCACCUGAGAUGGGAAUGCACAACCGCAUGGCGCAGCAACCUCAACCUUUCCUCCAAGCCGGGCCCUAUGUGCCUGCAGCUUUCCCCAGACAAGCCAACAUGCAGCCACCUCCUGACGCAGCCAUGUCGGCAAAGCCAGCUUGGUACGACCGUUCCUCAGAAAGUUUCAGAUCAUGCCGAUGUCCUCAUAAACUCUUCGACAUAGAGCGAGCAGACUGGGAACUAAAGAGAUUGAUAAUGGCCCAUGGCGUUUUACACAGUUGGCCCACUAUCUGUCAUAUAAGGCAAUAUUUACUUAAUUCUCUACUGAUACUGUUGAGAGAAGACAUGAAGUUCUCCCAGAGGGAAAAUAUAGAACAGCACAUAUGGAAAUUAUCCUUUCACCAUGUGAUAGAAGUGCUCAGAAACGGUCAGGCUGAAGAGACAAACCAGGACGUCAAGGAGAUGUACAAGAAGAAUCUGCUUUUCGUGAUUGAAGAUGGCUUAAAGUAUUUCGACCAAGUGCUCGGGGCCCUGCAAGGGCACUACAAGUUCAGCGUCGAGGAGCUCACCUGCGAGGGCAGCAUGCCUCAGCAGGAGGCCAAGGGCUACACCAGGCUUGCAAUUAACUCUGCACAAAAAAUCUGCAUGUUCUUGGGCGACCUGGCCAGGUACAAAGAGCAGGCCAACGAAACGAGCAACUUUAAUAAGGCUAGGCAGUGGUACACUAAAGCUCAAAUGCUCAACCCAUUGAACGGGCGACCCUACAAUCAACUCGCCAUUUUGGCCCUGCACGCAAGACGUAAGCUGGACGCGGUUUACUACUACAUGAGAAGCUUGAUCGCCUCUAAUCCCUUCCUCACCGCACGGGAAAGCCUAUUGUCCAUUUUUGAUGAAAAUAGGAAAAAGUUUGAAACUCUUGAGAAAAAGCGAAGAGAAGAGCAAGCAGCGGAGGAGAGGGAAAGACUCCAAGAAAUCGCAGCAGUCAGCAAAGGACACAGAAAAGAAAUCUGGGUUCACCCCGACAAUAGUUCCAAAGAAUGGCAGACGCCUACUGACAGUGAUAAAAAUUCUGAUUGGAGAGAAGAAGAACUGUCGAAAAUUUCUUUUACCGAACUCAACAAAAUGUUUCUGACCAGUUACCUCCAUGUCCAAGGCAAACUUUUCACUAAAAUUGGAAUGGAAACGUUUCAAGAGGCGGCCCAUCAAAUGCUCAGGGAAUUCCGGGCCCUCCUGCAGCACUCGCCAGUUCCAGUGAGCAGCACGCGAUUCCUGCAACUGCUCGCGCUCAACAUGUUCGCCAUCGAUAAUACGCAGCUCAAAGAAAUUGCGCCUGGAUGCCGGUCAGUGAUGCAGGAACACGCACUGAUCGUCUCCUUGCAGAUGUUCAACCUGAUCCUGGAGCGGUGCGCCGAUCUCUUCCCAGCGCCCAGCUCGCCGGUGACGAAAAUCCAAGACCUGGCCGACGUCUCCGAGGACCUGCAGACCCUGCUGCCGGCCAUCAAGGUGUGGUGCGACUGGUUGUUAUGUCAUCCCGGAGUAUGGAACCCUCCGCCUUCUUGCGCCGACUACAUCGUGGGGCCGCCUGGAGACGCGUGGACCCGCUUGGCCAAUUUGGUCAAUAGGCUUGAGAGACUGGACCUUUCGGUGCUCGACCUGUCAACCACGGAGAAAGAAGGAUACGAAGUGAUGAAACUUCCUGAGGACGUGGCGCUCGCCGGCUUCAAUCCGCUAAGAUCCAACAUGCCAGAGCUGGUUUACGUUCCUAAAAACUUCGACAUGGCGUCGAUUUUACCAAAUAAUUUUGAUGUCCAGGAGUUGGCAUACAACUGUCUGAGAAUAAAAAAGGUCCAGUUCUUCGGCGGACAAUUUUUGUGCGGCACCGACCCUCCUGUGCUCAAGCUGCAGCGAUGGGAUAUCGAGCGCAGCCUCUACAUCUCCAUCGUCGACUCCUCAAGAUCGCCAGGUGACACACCACCUGGGACCAGCUUAGCAGACCUGAGUGACUUGGAGAGUAAACUGAACUCGAUCAAAGUGCAAAAUAGAGAAAGCCUGGCAAACGCAAUUCCAGCAAGUCCUGGCGCGGAGACCUCGUCUGAAAUUAAAAGUCUGCUGUCAAGAAAAGAAGAACUGACUCGAACACAUCAAUCACAAGAGAGGCACCGUCAGCAGACGCAGGCGAUUGUGGAACAGCAGGCGCUGACGGGCUGCAUGGAGAUGAAGGUGCGUCCGCGGCUGCUGGUGCCGGACACGAACUGCUUCAUCGACCACCUUGAAAGCCUACAGCAGCUCUUCACCGUGUUCUCGCUGAUGGUUCCCCUUGUCGUGAUCCACGAGUUGGAGGGCCUGGCGAAGGGAUGCCGCAGUCCAGUGCCACUGGGAGUGCCCACGGAGAACUUGCAGCACGUCAAGUACGUGGCCGAAAGGGCGACCGUCUCGCUCGCCUUCCUCAAGGGCCGGCCGCACAACGUCAAGUGCGUCACCACCAAGGGCAAAAUUCUCGCCUUGUCGGGCGUCGCCAUGGUUGAAGACUCUGGAGAUCAGGAGAUGAAAAACGACGACCGCAUUCUUAAUACUUGCCUUAGUCUGAUCAAGACAUCUUCCAGAGGAGACGAGUCGAGCGAGCCUCUCAAACCAGGGGAGACGCGGCACAUUAAUCGCGACGUCGUGCUGCUGACUGAAGACAGAAACCUGCGGGUCAAGUGCUUGGCCAGGGACGUCCCUGUCAGGACCAUCGGUGACUUUCUCAAGUGGGCCAACCAGAAGCAAUGAACCCUGAAGUGCGUCCCGCCCAAGUACCUGCCUCACACGAUGGUGACUCUGGCAAGGGUUUCCAGCUGGUCUGGUUUGCUCAGAAGGGUCGAAGGAAUGCCUUUUCAAUCACACAUUUUUACAUGCCUUGAGCCAAAACGCCGCCGCCGCCGCUGCUGCUUUCUAGGGCAUUACGACACUCCCUCGGGCUGGGAACGAAUCCUCUGUAAAAACCUGAUUUGAUCGAUUUGUACAAAAAGCUGAGCUGCCAAGCGCUGGUUUAUUUUUUAGUGUCGUUUACACACGUACUUGCUGCCUUUUAAUUUAUGAGUUGCAUUCCUAAGUUAAGUUAGAGUAUUCUGGCGUUGAUGCCGCCGCCGCUGCCGCAUAAAAUUACUCGAUUUCAGUAGUGCAAUGCCAUUUAUUGUGUUGAAAAUAGGAAUUCGGACAUUUUGCGAGAUCUCAAUCCUCGAUAGUGAAUCAAAAUGUGAACCACUAAGUAAUUAAACGAUAACCAAUUGCUACUCUCUGCUUUUACCUUUUCCCUUGAACCAGGGUCGUCCUCUUACCACCCCCGCCUAGUGAUAGUUCCAUGACACUCAACGUUUGUGCGUUUCAAAUAAGUUUGAACUUGCCAAUAGCUUUGCAAAUUACGAUACUUUUUAUCACCAUAUCCGAUUUUAAGGCACCAACUAGCAUGUAAAUUUGUGGCCUCGAUGUAUUGUAAGUCAGUACUUAAACCUGAUGGUGGAUCUAUUAAAGGAAAGAAAAACAUAAAUGAUAUUAUCAGUCCGAGAACACUGACUGUCAAAGUUGAUUGAUUGCCGCUGCAAAAUGAGUCGGCCGUCAAUUCAGCUUGCUAAUAAAAGUGGCACAAUAUUGCGCUUGUACAGUUCACUUUGUUGAAACUCAUCAAAAGUUGUUUAUUGUAAAGAGCCUUGCAGAUUAAGAGGAAUAAAGAAGGUACUUUUUAAAAAUUA